CAAAGGUUUGUUUGAAACAUUGUAUGGGACAUACCGAAUGGUCGGAGUUAGCUGAUAAAGUUGUCAGGCACUUGCAGACAAAUAUUACGGGAGAUACUAGACAUUAAAACAACCGCUUCCACUCGAUUCCACAGAGCGUCAAACGUCUUACAACAUUAACCUGCGCCUUUGUUGUCAGGCGUUAGGACUGUGACUGAUUUCCUUCGGAGCUAGCUACCUUAGUAAGUUAUAUGGAAGGAAAACGGUUGUUUGAAAUGAUUACAAUGCUGUUUUGACGUCGCUAAAGCAUCCCAGUAGUGGGAUCGACCACACGUUAAGUGAAAGGAGUCGCUACCGAAGAGGACGUUUGACAUAGCAAGAGAACACAUGUCGUCUGCCGCCGAGACUGUCGAAAAUGCCUCCAUUAUUUCAGAGAGCAUGGCUCAUGACGGAAACCGCUUGUGGAUAGGUAACAUCGAUCCCAAAAUCACAGAGUAUCACCUCAUAAAGUUGCUGGAGAAGUUUGGCAAGGUGAAACAGUUUGACUUCCUGUUUCACAAGUCUGGGCCUUUGGAGGGGCAACCACGGGGCUACUGCUUUGUCAACUUCAGCACAAGAGAGGAGGCAGAAAGAGCGAUCCAGUGUCUAAAUGGGAAGCUAGCUUUAUCCAAAAAGCUGGUUGUGCGCUGGGCGCACGCUCAGGUGAGGAGGUUUGAAGGUUUCCGCAAUGAGAAGACGAUGCCUCCAAGCCUGGAGCCGUCGAGCAGUGGCUCAGGAGAAGCAGGAUCCAUAACAACCAGCCACCUCAGCACCAGUGCUAAGAUUCGUGCCAUCGAGGCCAAGCUCCAGAUGAUGGAGGACAAUCCCGACGAUAACUACUCGGGCCCCUCGGCCUACGUUUACAACAAGCCACCGGAGAAGAAGCGCUGGGAGCCCUACUCCAAAUCGCACCACAGUAACCAGAGCAGGCCCUUCCGAAAGUUUAGGAGAUGACCCAUCCUCCCCUUUUCCCGGAGCCCUACUUGUCCCUGUUUACAGCCGCCCACCUCCACGCAGACUGUUUCUGCUCCAGACUAUUCACACCUGGGAUCAGAGAGGGUGAUUUGGAAGCCGAAGCAGCGAAACAACAACAUCAGCCAGAUUUUAACAAUGAUCGUAAUGAUGGUGAUGAUCAUGAUGAAGUCCUGAAAAUGUUUUUUUUUUUUUUUUUU